UGAAGUAACAAUUAACUAUUAACACUAAAUUAAUCAUGGGACAUGGAGGAUAUUCCACAGUAACCAUAGGACCCACUAGUUAUGAUAUUAUUUAUCAGAAAGAAGGUCAGAAGGUUGGUCAUGAAAAGGCUCAAGAACUAGCAGGAAUUUUAGGCAACAUUCUCUCAGAAGCAUUUGAUGUAGCAGAUGAUCCUAAGAAAUUUUGUCCAAAAGUGCUCAAACUUUUAUCAGGAAACAGAGAUAACAUUGCUGACAUGCUUAGUGAAAUUAAUGAGAAGCUUGAUGAUAUCAACAAGAAGCUAGAUGAGCAUUAUAUCGAUGGUUGAACAACUUUCAUUGAAGAAUCGUUGGUAAAUAUUCAGGCUUAUAUCGAAAGCGGUGAGCCUGCUGAUUUCAGAGUUUUCCAUGAGAAAGCAUUUGAAGGCUUAAAGGGACUUAUGAAGAAGUUAACCAACUCUUCGCCGAAUCCUAGCCUCAUGAACACUGUUGCUUUACAACUUUGCCUACUUGAUAAGGGGUUUAAGACUAUCCCAGAGGAGGCGAAAACUAAUUCUAAGACCUUAGUUCAUUAUGAAAGUAUUAAAAAUGAAAUCGAAUUAUCAAAGACAAAGUUACUAGAAGAGUACAAAACUUGUUGCAAAAAGCUCAGAGACAAUAUUGAUGACUCUAAAUUUGAUACUUGGGACAGAUGGAACAACAUUCACAUCGAGUCUGACUGGAAAGAUGGACUCUCGAGGAAAGAAAAGGAUGAAUAUAGAGCAGCACAUCCUGAUUGGAUGGGGUAUCUUACUGAUAAAUGGAAUGAAUUUAUAAACAAGCAUUAUAUCCCAAUGUUUGAAAAGAAAACAUGGGGUCCCACCUAUAACUACUUGAAAGAUGAAGGUUUAAUCUAAUUUUACU